CCGUUGAAAUUACAAAUCAAAUUAAUAGGCUACUUGUAAGUCAGCAUGUUUUAAUGUCUGAUUACGGUGAAUCUUCACCUUAUCAACCUCAAGGAGGUUAUGUUUAUACUGAUCAACAACAGCCAUCACAGCCACAGCAACCGUUUGGCUAUCAGUAUUAUCAAUUUACUAACGUUCCAAAUCAAUACAAUGGUCAAAAUCAAUAUGGCAACACUUCACAACCUGUCGAAAAUGCAACUGAAAAGUUAGAAGAAAAAGCCCGAAAAUGGCAACAAAUGCAAUCGAAACGAUAUGGUGAAAAAAGAAAGUUUGGAUUCAUCGAACACGAAAAGGUUGAUAUGCCACCUGAACAUAUUAGAAAGAUCAUCAAAGAUCACGGCGAUAUGUCCAGCAAAAAAUAUCGUCAUGAUAAAAGAAUAUAUCUUGGUGCCUUGAAAUAUGUCCCUCAUGCUGUAUUAAAACUUUUGGAAAAUAUGCCAAUGCCUUGGGAACAGGUUCGUGAAGUACCUGUUUUAUACCAUAUUACUGGUGCAAUUACAUUCGUAAAUGAGAUUCCAUGGGUUAUCGAGCCUGUCUAUAUAGCUCAAUGGGGUACCAUGUGGAUUAUGAUGCGCAGGGAAAAACGUGAUAGACGACAUUUCAAACGUAUGCGUUUUCCGCCAUUUGAUGAUGAAGAACCUCCACUGGAUUAUGGUGAUAAUAUUCUAGAUGUCGAACCAUUAGAGGCAAUUCAAAUGGAAUUAGAAGAAGAGGAAGAUGCACCUGUCUUCGAAUGGUUUUACGACCACAAACCAUUAGUGGACACAAAAUUUGUAAAUGGACCAACAUACAGACGAUGGAAGUUGAAUUUACCAAUAAUGUCGACUUUAUACCGUUUGGCACAUCAACUAUUAUCAGACCUCACCGAUUCAAACUAUUUUUAUCUAUUUGAUCUAAAGUCAUUUUUUACUGCAAAAGCUCUAAAUAUGGCGAUUCCUGGAGGCAGCAAGUUCGAGCCUCUUUAUAGAGAUAUGGAUACAGCGGACGAUGACUGGAAUGAGUUUAAUGACAUAAAUAAAAUCAUAAUACGACAGCCUAUUCGCACUGAAUAUAAAAUUGCUUUUCCUUUUCUGUAUAAUUCUCUUCCACGAUCAGUUCAUGUGUCAUGGUAUCAUGAACCAUCUGUGGUUUAUAUUCGUUCAGAGGAUCCGGAUUUACCGGCUUUUUACUUUGAUCCUAUCAUUAAUCCUAUUUCAUCGCGUAAUUUUGUUCCACAAAACUCGGUAAUAUCUCAUGAAGAUGAAAUAUUUGGCGAUAAAGAAGAAGACGAUGAGUUUAUACUUCCAGAGAAAGUCUUUCCAUUUUUAGAAAGUACUCCACUUUAUACGGAUACUACUGCUGAUGGGAUAGCUUUAUGGUGGUCUCCACAUCCAUUUAAUAAACGUAGCGGACGAAUGCGAAGAGCAGAAGAUAUACCCCUAGUUAAGAAUUGGUAUCUUGAACAUUGCCCGCCAGGACAACCUGUUAAAGUUCGAGUUUCAUAUCAAAAGCUUAUAAAAUGUUAUGUGCUAAAUGCACUAAAACAUAGACCACCAAAGGCUUUGAAUAAAAAAUAUUUGUUCCGUCAGUUGAAAUCCACAAAAUUCUUUCAAACAACUGAACUUGACUGGGUUGAGGCCGGAUUACAAUCUCGAUUUGGAAAUGCAUUCCACUUAUGUCGUGAAAUUUUACGUCUAACAAAGUUGGUUGUCGAUUCACAUGUACAAUAUCGCUUGGGCAAUGUAGAUGCAUUCCAACUAGCUGACGGUCUUCAGUAUAUCUUUGCGCACGUCGGUCAACUGACAGGAAUGUACCGAUAUAAAUAUCGUUUAAUGAGGCAGAUUCGAAUGUGCAAAGAUUUGAAACAUCUUAUAUAUUAUCGAUUUAAUACUGGUCCAGUAGGUAAAGGACCAGGGUGUGGAUUUUGGGCACCAGGAUGGCGAGUUUGGUUAUUUUUUAUGAGAGGGAUAGUUCCUCUUUUAGAACGUUGGCUUGGAAAUUUGUUGGCUCGUCACUUUGAAGGCCGUCACUCUAAGGGAAUUGCAAAGACUGUAACUAAGCAACGUGUAGAAUCUCAUUACGAUCUUGAACUUCGCGCUGCAGUCAUGCAUGAUAUCCUAGAUAUGAUGCCUGAAGGUAUCAAGGCGAACAAAUCAAAGACUAUAUUACAACAUCUAAGUGAAGCAUGGAGGUGUUGGAAAGCAAACGUCCCAUGGCAUAUAAUGGGAAUGCCAAAACCUAUUGAGAAUAUGAUCUUAAGAUAUGUUAAAAGCAAAGCAGAUUGGUGGACUAGUGUAGCACAUUAUAAUAGAGAAAGAAUUAGAAGGGGUGCAACAGUUGAUAAAACGGUUUGCAAGAAAAAUCUUGGUCGUUUGACGCGUUUGUGGCUAAAAGCUGAACAAGAGCGUCAACAUAAUUAUCUCAAAGAUGGUCCUUAUAUAACAGCAGAGGAAGCAGUAGCUAUAUAUACGUCUACUGUCCAUUGGUUGGAAAGCCGUAAAUUUUCACCAAUUCCCUUUCCACCUCUAUCCUACAAACAUGACACAAAAUUGUUAAUUUUGGCUCUUGAAAGGUUGAAAGAAGCUUAUAGUGUUAAAGGACGUCUUAAUCAAAGCCAAAGAGAAGAGUUAGGAUUGAUCGAACAGGCAUAUGAUAAUCCACAUGAGGCAUUAAGUCGAAUUAAACGUUUACUAUUAACACAGAGAGCCUUUAAAGAAGUCGGAAUUGAGUUUAUGGAUCUUUAUAGUCAUUUGAUUCCAGUAUUUGACGUCGAACCACUCGAAAAAAUUACUGAUGCUUACCUUGAUCAAUAUCUUUGGUAUGAAGGUACAAAGAGAAACCUAUUUCCAGCGUGGGUCAAACCAUCAGACACUGAACCUCCGCCAUUGCUUGUUUACAAAUUUUGCCAAGGAAUUAAUAACUUGACAGAUGUUUGGGAAACAUCCCAAGGGGAGAUUAAUGUCAUGCUAGAAACACAAUUUAGUAAAGUUUAUGAAAAGAUUGAUUUAACUUUGUUGAACAGGCUCUUAAGAUUGAUCUUAGAUCAUAACUUGGCUGAUUAUAUGACCGCGAAGAAUAACGUAGUACUUAACUAUAAAGAUAUGAAUCAUGUAAAUGCAUAUGGCCUUAUUCGUGGAUUACAAUUUGCUAGUUUUAUCUUUCAAUAUUAUGGGCUCAUUUUGGAUUUAUUGGUUAUUGGACUUCAAAGAGCUUCAGAAAUUGCUGGUCCUCCUCAGAUGCCAAAUGACUUCUUACAGUUCCGCGACGUUGCUACAGAGACUCGACAUCCUAUUAGAUUAUAUUGUCGCUACAUAGAUAAAAUUCAUAUUUUCUUCCGAUUUAAUGCAGAUGAGGCUAGAGAUCUAAUUCAACGUUAUUUGACCGAACAUCCAGAUCCAAACUCAGAAAACAUUGUUGGUUACAAUAACAAGAAAUGUUGGCCACGAGAUUGUCGCAUGCGAUUAUUUAAGAGUGAUGUUAAUGCUGGAAGAGCUGUAUUCUGGGAUAUAAAAAAUAGAUUACCACGUUCGCUUACUACAAUAGAAUGGGAAGAUACUUUUUGUAGCGUUUAUUCUAAGGACAAUCCAAAUGUUUUAUUUUCUAUGUGCGGUUUUGAGGUUAGAAUUCUUCCAAAGAUUCGAAGUCUCAACGAGGAAUUCACUCUCAAAGAUGGAGUUUGGAACUUAAUAAAUGAGCAAACAAAAGAAAGAACAGCUCAGGCAUUCCUUCGCGUUGACGAAGAAUCAAUGCAAAAAUUCCACAAUCGUGUUCGUCAAAUAUUAAUGGCUAGCGGAUCAACCACAUUUAGUAAAAUCUCCAAUAAAUGGAAUACUUGUCUUAUUGGACUAAUGUCCUAUUUUAGAGAAGCAGUUGUGCAUACACGUGAAUUAUUGGACAUAAUCGUUAAAGCGGAAAAUAAAAUUCAAACAAGAAUUAAGAUUGGACUUAAUUCAAAGAUGCCUUCUAGAUUUCCACCUGUCGGACUAGGAAUGUUAUCUAUGGGGCACGUUCUCAUACCGCAAAGUGAUCUUCGUUGGAGUCAACAAACAGAGACUGGAAUAACCCACUUUAGAUCAGGAAUGAGUCACGAAGAAGAUCAGCUAAUACCGAAUUUGUUCAGAUACCUUCAACCUUGGGAGUCGGAAUUUAUUGACUCUCAACGUGUGUGGGCCGAAUAUGCACUUAAACGUCAAGAAGCUAAUGCCCAAAAUAGAAGAUUGACCCUUGAAGAUCUUGAAGAUUCUUGGGAUCGUGGUUUACCAAGAAUAAACACUUUAUUUUCUAAAGAUCGACAUACCUUAGCUUAUGAUAAAGGGUGGCGUGUCAGAACGGACUUUAAGCAAUAUCAAGUAUUAAAGAACAAUCCAUUCUGGUGGACACAUUCCAGACAUGAUGGAAAACUUUGGUGUCUCAAUAAUUAUAGAUCUGAUAUGAUUCAAGCUUUAGGUGGAGUCGAAGGGAUCUUAGAACAUACACUCUUUAAAGGAACAUACUUUGUUACAUGGGAAGGAUUAUUUUGGGAAAAGGCGUCAGGUUUUGAGGAGAGUAUGAGAUAUAAGAAAUUGACGAAUGCUCAGCGUUCUGGUCUAAACCAAAUUCCCAAUCGUCGAUUUACGUUAUGGUGGUCGCCAACAAUUAAUCGAGCAAACGUAUACGUUGGUUUCCAAGUCCAACUAGAUCUUACGGGUAUAUUUAUGCACGGAAAGAUUCCAACUUUAAAGAUUUCGUUGAUUCAAAUUUUCAGAGCCCAUUUAUGGCAAAAGGUGCACGAAAGUGUUAUUAUGGAUCUUUGUCAAGUAUUUGAUUCUGAACUUGAAAGUUUGCAGAUAGAGACAGUGCAAAAAGAGUCUAUUCACCCUAGAAAAUCAUACAAGAUGAACUCAUCAUGUGCUGAUAUAUUACUAUUUGCCUCAUAUAAAUGGAACAUAUCUAAACCUUCGCUUUUGAAUGAUAAUAAGGAUGUUAUGGAUGGAACAACAACAUCAAGAUGGUUUGUGGAUUGUCAACUAAGAUGGGGUGAUUUUGAUUCUCACGAUAUUGAAAGAUAUACGAGAGCAAAAUUCCUAGAUUAUUCUACUGAUAAUAUGAGCAUAUAUCCAUCACCAUUUGGUAUUAUGAUUGGUAUCGACUUGGCCUAUAAUCUGCAUAGUGCUUAUGGUCAUUGGAUUCCAGGAAUGAAGCCAUUGAUUCAAUCUGCGAUGGCUAAAAUUAUGAAAGCCAAUCCAGCAUUAUACGUUUUGCGAGAACGUAUCCGAAAAGGUUUACAAUUAUACAGUUCAGAACCUACUGAACCAUACUUAUCAUCUCAGAACUAUUCCGAAUUAUUUUCAAAUCAAAUUAUUUGGUUCGUGGAUGAUACGAACGUAUAUCGUGUGACAAUCCAUAAAACAUUCGAAGGAAACUUGACAACUAAACCUAUCAAUGGUGCUAUUUUCAUUUUCAACCCAAGAACUGGUCAGCUAUUUUUAAAAAUCAUUCACACAUCUGUCUGGGCCGGACAAAAACGUUUGGGUCAAUUAGCGAAAUGGAAAACUGCCGAAGAAGUGGCUGCCUUGAUUCGUUCAUUACCGAUUGAAGAACAACCUAAACAGAUUAUUGUAACUAGAAAAGGAAUGUUGGAUCCUCUUGAAGUACAUUUACUUGAUUUCCCAAAUAUUGUCAUCAAAGGAAGUGAGUUACAAUUACCGUUCCAAGCUUGUCUCAAGCUCGAAAAAUUUGGAGAUUUGAUCUUACGCGCUACAGAGCCUCAAAUGACAUUGUUCAAUCUGUUCGAUGAUUGGCUUAAAACGAUUUCUUCAUAUACUGCGUUUUCUCGUCUUAUCCUUAUACUAAGAGCCUUACAUGUAAACACAGAAAAAACAAAAUUGAUUUUACGUCCCGAUAAGAAUACAAUAACGGAACCCCAUCAUAUCUGGCCAACGUUAAGUGAUGAAGAAUGGAUCAAAGUCGAAGUCGCACUUAAAGAUUUAAUUUUGGCAGAUUACGGAAAAAAGAACAAUGUUAAUGUCGCUUCUCUAACUCAAUCUGAAAUUCGUGAUAUUAUACUUGGUAUGGAAAUUUCAGCACCAUCACUUCAACGCCAGCAGAUCGCAGAAAUUGAGAAACAAACUAAAGAACAAAGUCAGCUUACUGCUGUUACAACCAAGACUCAAAAUGUGCAUGGUGACGAAAUGCUAGUUGUUACUACAAGCAACUACGAGACACAAACAUUCUCGUCAAAGACAGAAUGGCGCGUGCGAGCUAUUUCAUCAACAAAUUUACACCUUCGUACUAACCAUAUCUAUGUUAAUGCUGAAGAUAUAAGAGAUACCGGUUAUACUUAUGUCCUACCAAAGAAUGUGCUCAAACGUUUUAUUCAAAUCUCCGAUCUCCGCACUCAAAUUUCAGCUUAUUUGUAUGGAAUUUCACCACGUGAUAAUGCUCAAGUCAAAGAAAUUAGAGCAUUGGUUAUUGUUCCGCAAUAUGGUACUCACCAAACAGUCAAUCUGCCUAACAUGCUUCCAGAUCACGAACAAAUUAGAGACCUUGAACCACUUGGACUUAUUGUCACGCAGCCGUUCGAAACCGCACAGCUUUCUCCAACUAUUUUAUCUUUACAUGCUAGAAUAGUAGCAGAUAAUAAGAAUUGGGAUGGCGAUAAGACAAUCACAAUGACUGUGAGCUUUACACCCGGAUCAUGCUCUCUCACAGCUUAUAAAUUAACACCUGCUGGAUUCGAAUGGGCUCGUAAUAACAAAGACACAUCAAUGAAUCCACCAGGUUAUCUUCCGACAUUUGCAGAAAAAGUCCAAAUGUUACUCUCAGAUCGAUUUAUGGGAUUCUUCAUGGUUCCGGAAAAUGAUAUUUGGAAUUAUUCAUUCAUGGGUCCUAGUCAUAGUACAAGUAUGAAAUAUACUCUUAAGCUUGAUGUUCCUAAAGAGUUUUAUCAUGAAUUACAUAGGCCACAACAUUUUCUCAAUUUCUCUUCCAUGGAGGAAGAUGUUGAAGCUGAUCGUGAAGAUUCAUUUGCUUAA